CUAAACGUAUCGCACUCGCCAUGUCGUGGUUGUUCGGUUAUAAAAGACAAGUUCCACCGCAAGGGUCCGCCGACGGUGGUCCCGAACCACCGGGUCCGCCACCGUCAGCCGGUGCCGGUCAGUCGGCGGGUGAUGUGAAUUUAACGAAAGCCGAGCGGAAAGCCAUGGAAGCGUAUCGUUUCGAUUCGUCCGCCCUGGAGCGGGCGGCCGAAGCAGCCCGCACCCUGGAACGUUCAAAACACGCCCGCGAGGCCCUUGAACUAUCGAAGAUGCAGGAGAGCACUCGCCAACAGGAAUACAUGGCCAAGGUGAAAGAAUACGAGGCGCACAUAGAGACCUCGAAGGUGGAACAGAAGCGUGUGGAUCAUGAGGAGCGCAGAAAAACGCUGGCAGAGGAAACGAAGCAGCAACAGCAGCGAGCUCAGUACCAAGAUCAAUUGGCGAGGAAACGCUAUGAAGAACAGCUCGCGCAGCAGCAGCGCGUUCAAGAGGAUAAUCUCCGCAAGCAGGAAGAGAGCGUCGCUAAGCAGGAAGCAAUGCGCCGCAAGACGAUCGAACACGAGAUGGAGCUACGAGAGAAGAACAAAAUGAAGUUGCUUGAAGCCGAACUGCGGGCCAAGGCCAAGGUAGAUCGUGAAAACCGAGAUCUAACUUUGGAGCAGAUUCGUUUAAAGGCAGAAGAGAACCGUAUCACCGUCAUGGAAGGCAUAAAAACGGCAGGAUCCGUGCUCGGACAAGGGGCGACGGCCUUGCUGACCGAUUGGAACAAGGUCGUUACUACAGUAGGCGGUUUAUCGCUGCUGGCACUAGGUGUUUAUACGGCGAAGGGAACUACCGGCGUAACGGCUCGCUACAUUGAGGCACGGAUAGGGAAACCAUCGCUGGUGAAUGAAACGUCUCGCUUUUCGUUACUGGAAGCUUUCAAACAUCCCAUUGACACAUUUAAACGGCUUAAAAACAGACCAACAGACGCGCUGCAAGGUGUGGUACUUCAGCCGAAACUAGAGGAACGUUUGCGGGACAUUGCGAUCGCGACGAAGAACACGAAAAAUAACCGGGGACUCUAUCGGAACAUUCUGAUGCACGGUCCCCCAGGCACCGGCAAGACAAUGUUCGCGAAGCGACUCGCAACGCACUCCGGUAUGGAUUACGCCAUAAUGACCGGCGGUGAUGUAGGCCCGAUGGGGCGAGAUGCGGUUACUGCGAUCCACAAAGUGUUCGAUUGGGCAAACACGAGCCGCCGCGGAUUGUUACUGUUUAUUGACGAAGCAGAUGCGUUCUUGCGCAAGCGUUCGUCAGAACAAAUUUCUGAAGACAUGCGCUCGGCGCUAAACGCGUUCCUCUACCGGACGGGUGAGCAAAAUCCGCGCUUCAUGAUGGUGUUGGCGUCAAACACCCCAGAACAGUUCGAUUACGCCAUCAACGAUCGAUUGGACGAAAUGGUGGAGUUUACGCUGCCCGGUUCCGAAGAACGGGAACGUCUGAUAAGACUAUAUUUUGACAAGUUCGUACUGCAACCAGCAGCGGAGGGUAAAAAGCGCUUCAAGGUGGAACAGUGGGACUAUAGCGCGGUGUGUAGUAAAAUGGCCAAGAUGUGCGAAGGCAUGUCCGGUCGAGAGAUUUCGAAGCUGGGUGUUUCAUGGCAGGCUGCCUGCUAUGCUUCGGAAGAAGGCGUCCUAACCGAACAGAUGGUGCUAGACCGGUGCGAGGCAGCAGCUCGGCAACACAGGCAAAAAAUGGCCUGGCUUUCGGAGCAUGAGAAGCUGGACCACAAAUCCAUCACCGGUGGCAAAGGAUUCCUCACCGAGUAGUUAUUACAAUGCAGCAGCGUAACGUCGUCUUUUCUGUCCCAAUUUUACGGUCAAAGUUGUUAGCCAUGUUCCUUUCUUCCUCUGCCUGAAUUUGUUUGUUCAUAUCCCCUUUCUCAGACCUUGUUAAGUGUUAACGUGAUCAUCGAAAACGAGCGUCAUUGAAAAGGGUACAAGCAAACAAAUGAAUAGAAAAAAUCUUAGCCAAGCGAAACGACCGUGCCGGACACGCCCUAUCUUCUCCACCAUCAGUGGAGGGUCGUACCAUUUUGGAAAAUUUACAUUAAACUUUCUAGGUGCGACUUCAAUAUGAAAAUGGAAAUGGAUCGAAUAAGAAAUGCAUUUACA